GUAUUCAAGAUUGACGAAUAUAAGACUUCUUCAUGUUGCCCCAACCUGUGAAAGUUUAUUAGAAACGUUUAAAACAGUCGCCAACCCUCGCCCCCAUAAGAGAGUGCCAAAAUGCCAACUGUAAAAUGGCAUGGCUUAUUGAGAUAUAAAAAUCGUAACUGUCUGUUGACCAACCUUGAACAAGUCAAGGAAAUUCCACGAAAGCUGUGGAAUCGAGAUAUGGCAGUUGUUUUAAACUUUCAAAAGAUCUUGAUGAGCUUGAGAGAGACAGGUAAACGCCCUGAUGUUUUUUAGCAGAAAAGAAGCGUCAAAACCAGAAUGAAGGAAACAAUAGCAAAUCUCCGCCAAAGUUAU